CAAAUAAAUCCUGCGUCACCAAAUUGUGAGAUCUUUUGGUUCCGAGCGAUUGCAAACUAAGGGUCUGAGCAAGGAAGUAGAAGAAAAUAUGUCUGCUGUUUCUUUGUUUAUACUCUGCUCAUCAUUCUUAGUAAUUACCUCUGCUGUGGCGGUUAGUCUUCCCCGAGAUCUUCCCGAGACGCACAUGAACGUGAGCCAAAUCAUUGCUUACAAUGGCUACCCAGUGGAGGAAUACCCCGUGACUACAGACGAUGGCUACAUCAUCUUCAUUCAGAGGAUCCCAGCAGGAAGGAACGAGGUUCUCAGUGAUGAACCAAAACCUGUGAUUUUUCUUCAGCAUGGACUGCUAUGUUCGUCCUCUAACUGGGUCACAAAUUUGCCAAAUGAGAGUUUUGCCUUCAUCUUGGCCGACGCUGGGUUUGAUGUGUGGCUUGGUAAUGUUCGAGGGAAUACAUAUGGUCUCCAGCAUAUCAACUAUUCUGUGCAUUCAGAUAUAUUUUGGGAAUUUAGCUGGGAUCAAAUGGCUCGUCAUGACCUACCCGCCAUGUUGAAAUUUGUAUUAGCAAAGACGUCACAGCCUUCAUUGUAUUACGUCGGACAUUCGCAAGGAACCCUGAUCGCUUUUGCAGAAUUCUCCAGAAACAAAGAAUUGGCCAAAGUGGUGAAGAAGUUCUUUGCUCUUGGACCCGUCGCGACAGUGGGACACAUGGAGAGUCCUAUUAAAUAUCUGGCUCAUUUUCUUCCUGAAAUUCAGGCUUUGUUCAAACUUUUCGGCGUGCGUGAUUUUCUUCCAUCUGAUUUCAUCAUUCGCUGGUUAGCUGAUUACGUGUGUUCCGAGCAAGACUUAGAGACAUUCUGUGGGGAUAUUGUUUUUGUCAUCUGUGGAUUUGAUAAGCAGCAGCUUAACAAGACGCGACUUCCAGUGUAUUUCUCACACACUCCAGCGGGCACAUCAGUUCGAGACAUGGUCCACUUUGCUCAGAUGUACUUAUCCAAGAAGUUUCAGAUGUACAAUUAUGGAAGCGCUAGCGAAAACAUGGAGCACUAUGGACAGGACACUCCGCCAGUAUACAAUGUAACCGCAAUGACUGUCCCUGUGGCGCUGUACUGGGCGCAGAAUGACUGGCUAGCUGACCCUGAAGAUGUCCGGGCCCUGCUUCCUCUGCUGCCGAACAGGAUGUACGACAAGUAUAUCAAGAAUUGGGAUCAUAUGGACUUCAUCUGGGGGCUGGACGCUGCUAAACUAGUUUACUAUGACAUCAUUAAGCACAUUAAGACACAAAUGUAAUCAGCAAUUAGAUUAUUCGCUCUCGAUUUCUAUCGCGUAAUAGUUGACGAGGGCGCAACCUGAGUCAGCUAUCACGUG